AGACAGUGAUCACAGUUCACGAAGGCAAUCGAUUGCUGUAAGUCAUUGACGUCAUAUUCGAAAACCCGAUUUUGACAGAUCUACAGAAUUCUUCGGAUUCCCAAAUGCCACAUGGAACGAAACGAAAGACGUCUACUUACAGAGAAUCAAAUGGAAGUGACGACACAGAUUCGCAACUGGUAGGACCUGGGGUACCUAGUCCCAUGAACAUCGAUUCAGAAGGACGCGCACAAAAACGGCGAGGGUCGACUGUCGAAAUGAGCAGGAUAGCUCAGCUGAGCAUAUGUGACCAGAGGCGACAUUCAGUGCAUUCUGGAGCGAUAGCGUCAAGGGCGGGCCCAGGGAUGUCGGGAGGAAAUGGGCACUGGUGGUUGAAUGAGAGACGGGAUUCUCUACCUCCAUCGUUCCCAAACGGGACCACUAGUGGCUACCCCUCGGCAUUAUCCGGCGAUCAGCCACAUGGUCGACCUGCUGCACCCUCGACGCCAGGCAGCAUGGCGACUUUCGCGUGGUCUGCAGCACAACACCCGGACGGCUCGCAAGAUCCUAAUAUACAGCACCACCCCCGUUCUUUCGAAACACAACCUAUGCAGAUGACCAUGAUGCCCCCGAUGACAUUUCCGCCAGACAGGCGGAUGUCGGUGCCAGAAAGCUCGACUUCUACAAUAGGCCCGACAAGAAAUAUCCGUUCACGGUCCCGACCUCCAUCACGUCAAUUACGCGAAAAUAGCCAGACUGUCACUACUGCUGUAGGUCCUGCGCCACCUGCGGAGGAGCCUUCUUCGGCUCCUUCUCCGUCAUCUAGCCUGAAACCGCCGAAGGAGCCGGGAUCUACACCUUACUCUCGUUCACCUGAGCUGCGAGUUUCGCAUAAGCUUGCCGAGCGAAAGCGACGGAAAGAAAUGAAAGACCUAUUUGAUGAGCUGCGGGACCAGCUACCCGCAGAUCGGGGCAUGAAGGCAAGUAAAUGGGAAAUACUUAGCAAAGCUAUCGACUUUGUCACCAAUCUGAAACAAAAUCACCAAGAUAUGGUUCGUGAGAUCGAGAUGCUGAGACACGAGCUGGACAGCAUGAGACAAGGCAUACCAUCUUUUGGUCCAGGAGCACCACCCCACGCCAUGGUAUAUGGGCAGGGCGCACCAGUUUCAGGACCUUAUCCACCACCUCCAGGAGCGAUCUCUCAUCCUCCACCACACCCGCAUCAGCAACCACCCCAUCCGCCUCAGCCACGACCACCAUCGUCGGAGAAUCCAUAUCCAGCAGCAUCCACCCUUCCUCCAACUCCAGCAGGAGCACCACCAGCGCCAACUACCAAUGGUGUUGCGAGCAUAUCAGCGAACAAGUCAGAGAUACAGCCGAUGUAGUUGGUGGACCUGUUCUGGCCUUUCCUGGCCUCUUCCCCUCUCCUAAAUUCUACGAUUUCUUUAAGUUACGAGCUUGUGAUAGUCUUAGCAUGGUUGUUCUCAUUUUUAUGGACAAAUUUUCACGAUCACAUGAAGUGUAUAUAGUCUUCUCCUUAGGCUUCCUCUCGUUGCAAUUGCUAUGAUGACUAUCAAGCAUCCUUCAGAUCAUCUGCCUUGUCCCGAUGAGAAAGAUGUUAGCGCUACAUGCUAAUUGAUGAAACUACCAUGCCUUA